GGGCUAUCGGCGCUGGGAUUUCUCAGCCCUGACGGGCAGUGCCACAGUUUUGAUAGCAGUGCCAAUGGCUACGGACGGGGCGAGGGAAUGGGCGUCAUAGUCCUGAAGCCGCUGACGGAUGCCAUUCGAGACAAUGAUGUUAUAAGGGCAGUUAUCAGGGGCACGGGAAUGAACCAAGACAGGAAAACACCAGGAAUCACAGUGCCCAGCUCAGAGGCCCAGAGAAGCCUCAUUCGAUCCACAUACAAGGCAGUCGGACUCAGGUUUUCCGAAUCAGCGUAUUUCGAGCCCCACGGGACAGGAACACCCGUUGGC